AUGAGCUAUGAAAAGUUUAAGAAGACGAUAGUUUCGAUAGAGCUCAUAAAGUUCAUGUGUCACAGCCACUUGCUUAUCAGCUUGAGAAAACCUCUGACAAUAGUGUCAGGAUGCAACGGGUCUGGAAAGAGUGCGGUCAUGGUGGGGAUUGGAUUGGUUCUUGGACAGCGAGCGCACAGCCUUGAGCGUGGAAGCAGCUUCAAGGAUCUUAUCAAAAGCGGGGAGUCGAAUGCUAUUGUAAGAGUUGUACUGGAAAACCAUAAGGGGUUUAAGAGGGAGUUCUUCAAGGAAAAGAUCAUUGUUGAAAAGAGAAUUGGAAUGAGAUCUGCAACUAUCAGCAUCAUGAAUGGAGAGAGGAGGGUUUGGUCUAUGAGGAGAGAAGACCUGGAGCUUGUUCUGGAGUUCUUUUCGCUGAGGUUUGAGAAUCCGUUGAACUUCCUUAGUCAGGAGCAGUCCAAGAGAUUUCUAAGCACAAUGAAUCCUGAAAUGCUUUAUGAGCUAUUUAUGCAGGGGACAGAGAUGGCUGAGGUAUGCAAGUUGAAUGACGAGUCUAUGGGCAAUGUGAAGACGAUGAGAGAAAGGAUAGGGCUGGUUGAUGAGGAGCUAAGGGAGAUUGAGAAGCAGAUAAAGGACGAGGAAAGCAGGCUGGAGAUUAUAAAAAAUGUCAAAACCAUGGCGAGAACUAUAGCUGAGCUGGAAGAUGAGAUGGCAUGGGCCAAGGUGAACGAAAGAAGAAUAGAAGUGGAGAGGUGUUUUAAGAAGUUCCAAGACAAGCAAGAGGAAAUUGACAGGGAGAAUGCAAAACUGGAAGAGCUGUCGCAGGCAAUCAGAGAUGGCCGGGAAAAGCUGACCAUGGUCGAAAGCGAGGAGAUGGAAAAGAAGAGAAGUAGAGACAAGAGGAAAGAAGAGAUUGACAGUGCCAUCGGUAAGCUGAGGAUGAAGUAUAGAGAAAUAGAAAACGACUGCUUGGAGCUGAGGGAGACGAGGGAUUUCAAGAGCAGGAUUGCUAUAGAUUUUGAGAAGCAGGAUGGAGUUGUGAAGGGACUGGUUCCUCAGCUUGAAGAGAGGUACAAUAAGGUUUCUUCUGAAAUAGAGUCUCUAAAUGAGAGGAUGGAAAAGCUUGCCGUGGAAGGUGAAGAGUGUAGAAAGAGGGCAAGGGAGGAGGAGGAUGUGCUCUCUGAGCGGCAGAGUAAUAUUCUUCAUCUCAGAAAACAGAUUGAAUUCUAUUCCAAAAACGAUCAGAACAGCUUUUUUGGACCGAACUUUGGCGGAGUCAUUGACGAGAUUUCGAAAACCAGGUUCAAUGAGAAGGUUGUCGGACCUAUUGGAUUUGAGGUAAAGCUCAAAGAUCCGAGAUGGAGCAAGGCUGUUAGCAUUGUACUGAACAGCACCUUGUCCACUUUUAUUGUAAUGAACAAGCUGGAUAAGGACAUCCUACUUAAGAUCUUUAGGAAGCAUAAAGUGGACUUUCCUAUCUCCGCACUCUCAACCAGAGCUCCGGAGGUGAUAAAGUACAAAAGAAAUGAGAAGUAUAAGACGGUGCUUGAUGUUCUGGAAAUUCGAAGUCCUUGUGUUGCAAACUAUUUGAUAAUAACAGCAUCUAUUGAGCAGACGAUUCUUGUGGAGGGUAGGAAAGAGGCUUACGAGAUAAUAAGGUCAAGGCCGGGGUUUGUAGAGUGUGCAUACACGAAGAAUGGGGACAAGAUCCGGCUAGUUGGGGGAAGUAUGUCUGACUUUGUUACUCGAGGCGUGGAUAGAUUCUACUUUGAGAACACUCGCGAAAAACUUGAACGGUGUAAGAUGGAGAUGAAGAGGCUGAUGGAAGAGAAACCUGAAAAAAGCUGGGGAAAGAGGUCGGAGGAGAUAAGAGAUGAAAUGGGCAAAGUGAAUGAGGAGAUAGAACACCGAAGAAGAGUGUGCAAGUCUCUAGAGGCAGAGAUGGAGCAGGAAAAGCAAAUCCAUGAUGCCCAGAUGGAGAUCAUGCAUAGUGAUGAGAUCUAUGAAGAAAUAAAGAGCCUUGAGCACCAAAUAUCAUUGCUAGAGAAGAAGCAGGACGAGAUCAACGAAGAGAUUGGGGCUUUGGAGAGAGAACAGAGGGAAAUCAAAGAGUACAAAAUAGCAAGCACGGAAAAUUUGAGGCAGGAUAUUUGCAGAAACAAGGCCGAGGCCUCCAAAAUUGAAAGAAAGAUAGAUUUAUGCCGACUGGACGCUCUUAGAUUGAAGGAGGAACAUCUGAAGGAGAUGGAGGCCUACAGCUUAGAGAAGAGGAGGCUUGUGGAGAAUGGAAAAAAAGAGAUUGAUUCAAGGCCUGAGGAUGAAAUUAGAAAGGAAAUAAUCCGCAUAAAAGCACAGAUUGAUAUGUGCAAGGAGGUUGAGGAUGAAAAGAAGACCUUGGCUACAAUGGAGCACCUAAGGAAAAUGAAGAAUGUGAAGAAAGGUCUUCUCGACGAAUACAAAAAGAAGAUAGAAAGCAUUCUUUCGGAUGUUGAGUCGAGGAUAACUAAAAGAGAUGCUAUGAGGAACGAAAUAGCUAGAAAUGCGGCCUUAGAAUUUUCCAGGCUGACUCGAAUCAGAGGAUAUGAGGGAGUUUUAGAGUUUGACCAUGAAAAGAAAAGGCUGGAUGUCAAAAUGAAAGUACAUGGGCAAUCCGAAGCAGGGUCUAGAAGUAUGCUGUCUGGAGGAGAGAGAUCCUUCGCAAGCGUCUCACUAAUUUUGUCGUUAUGGCCUUCACUUUCAUGUCCCAUCAAGGUACUUGACGAGUUUGAUGUGUUUAUGGACAACUUGAACAGGAAGCAAGCCAUAAGAAUGCUUCUAGACUUUUUUAAGGAAAGUGGGUUCCAGGGGAUUCUGAUAACCCCCUUGGGUGUAGAGGAUCUUUUCGAGGACUUCUGUGAUGUCAUCGUCUUGGAAAAGCCUGACAAGAGCGAGUAG